AUGCCCGCCUCCCCCAGCAAGCGCAUCAUCCUCGAAAAGUCCCGCACCGUGCGCCGCCGGUACCAGCGCAGCAACAAACGCUUUCAAUUCACGGCAUCACAGAUUGCGCGCAUCGAGCGCGAACAAGAGCGCGAGAAACGCGCCCAGCAGCUGCGCGACAAGGAGAAGAAACGAGUCGCGAAUAAGAAGAAGAAAGCCGAGAAGGAGGCGCGCGAUAGAGAGGAACGAAGGAGAUUGGGGCGCAUGGGAUUGCCGGAUCCGAAUGCGCCCGUGCCGCCGUCGAGUCAACCUUUGUUGUUUAAUUUUAUCAAGAGGAAGGAUGGGGAGGAGGGGGAGAGUAGCAAUGGUGGUGGGGAUACAGAGGUAGAUGAGGGUGGGGAUACGGAGGUGGAUGAGGAUCUUUUGGAGGAUUUGGAGGCCGUUAUUGAUGCUGCUGAGGCUGAGGCUGAGGCUGAGGCUGAGGGUUUGGAUUUGGAUUUGGGUUUGGAUACUGGGGAGGAAGGGGAGGGCGAGGGCGGGGAUCAUGGAGAUGAGGCUACGGGUUGCGAUCAGGGUGAUAAUGAGGGUGAACAGCAGGUCCGGGCUAAAGAGGAGGAUGAGUUCUCUGAUUGUUCUAUCUUUUAUGAUGAGGAUAUCAUCAAAGAGGCCGGUGAUGCUACUGCGCCGGAUGAAGCUGCGUUGCACGAUAAGCCGGAGAACCAACCCCACCCCUCAACUGCCGACUCAUUCCAAGACGACACGGCACUUCUUCUCGAAGAAUUCGGUCAUGAAUUCGAAAUAGACGAAGAAUUCGAGCAAGCACUGGUUGCACUGGAUGCCGUGUGA